CCACCCAUCAAAAUCCAGACAGACAGCCCAGCCAACCAAACCAAACCAAGUCCAACCAACCUCUUCUUCGAUCAUUACAAUAGAUUUGCCUGCUGUCUCUCACUUCUCUUAUCUCAUAGGAGUAAUUUUGAUAUAUUUGAAAUGAAGUUGCUUUUAUAAGUUACAGUUCUAGAUCUAUAUAUUUUGAAUUGAAGAUUACGAAGAACCUAGAGCAGUGAUUGGAAUACCAAUAAGAUGCAGUACACUUCCGAUGAGGCCUACGCUCGACUCAUUAGCCACAAGAUGACCGUACCACAAAGGAUAAAGGCAACUGGUGACAUAAUGGACGACGAAACCCAAAACGGUUUAGGAACAGGAUGGGACUAUGCCAAUGAAAAAUUUGAUAUGAAGGUACCAGAAAGGAUACUUGUAGUUGGGCAAGAUCAGCACAUUGGUACCAAAGCUCCACCUCGGGAAAUACAGCUAGAUAAUGCUGUACUACCGACUGAUCCAGGGAUGAUCAGAGUGAACACCCCUCCUCGUGUAAUCACUCUCGAUCAGCACUACUUCCCAUCAGCUGAUGACUUUCAGGAGAGUAUGCCUAACUCUCCUCCCAGGAAUGUAAGACUGUACAGAUCUCAAGCAGAUGGUGCCCUAGCACAACCACAUACCGAUCUUUUUAAUGACUCAACCAUGACAGAAUCAAGACUUGUUCUAAGAGAUCCGACACCUCCAAUGGGGGCUGGAGAGGGUCUCUCUACUGCUGAGGAGAUGGUGCAUUUACGACGACAGAUAGUCAAAUUGAACAGGCGCGUAAUGUCUAUCGAAGCUGAACAAUUACAGAGACAGCAAAAGGAAAAGAUAGCGUAUGCUAUUGGCAUUGCUUACUUGUUGUUCAAAGUUAUUGCUUGGCUUAAUAGGUCCUAAACAGUUAUAAUAAGGUAUUUCUCCAGUUUCCCAUGUAGAUGUCGAUUUUAUGAUGCAUUGAGGUCUAGUUCAUUUUUUUAUGUGGAAAAUGGAAUUUGAUAAUAUUACCGCAGCCUAAAUGAAAUUUACUAGAUCUGGUCAGUUUUAAAAUGAAUUCAUAUUGUUCAGAAAUGUAAUGUUCCGUAGGUUGCCGUAACGUUUAUAGAAAGCAACUAAUAGUUGAAAGUUUUAUUGCGUUGCAUACAACUAUAGUUACUCUAGUUUGACUACUUGGAUAAUCCGAGUUACUGCAAUUGUAUAAUAUUAUUGCAUGCAAUGUAUAUUAUUGCAUGCAAUGUUUCCUUCUUUAUUGAGUAAUGAAGUAGAGAAAUAUGACUUGUGUAAAUGUAUUUUCUUUGUUUAUGGUUUUUUUCUAGUACUUAGGUAACUUUUUUUAUAAAUACAAUUACAACAGUUGGCCACAAGAAAACUAUAUCUUAAGCAAACUUUUUAUGUUAUAAGGUAUAACAUACAUGUGGUCUUCAGAACAUUACGAUUUCUUGUACAGUGAUGUUAUAAAUUUUAGAUGUACAUAAUAAUUCAACCAUCUUACUUGAAUAAUGAAAUCGAGUUAUUGUCCUGUUAGUAUAGAUGACACCUAUGUAAUGAGUUACAUUUUAUCCCAAUAAAAGUUAAACUAUA